AUUUGGCCUUUCGAUUUGUAGGUUACUAUUAAUUCCCUAAUCUGUUAUUAAAAUGCCUAGUUACGAGUUAGCGUUAAUGUUACGGGCCAUGCCGAAACCUGAAUUGAAAACAGCACUUAAACGUGUUUCACAUGCCAUAUUUAAUCGCGGAGGUAUCAUACGAGAUAUCGAGAACUUGGGUUUUCGUGCAAUGCCGUACAAAACAAGUGCUCACGGUUUAGUUCAUCGAGAAGCAAACUAUUUCGUGUUCAAGAUUGAUACAGCAACACAAGCUGUAGCUGAUCUGAAAGAAGAAUAUAGCAGAGAUGUAGAUAUAGUGCGGCAGCGUGUGUACAAGGUUCCAACAGAGAGCGAUCACAAGUGCACCCUGGAGAGAGAACUGUUGCCGCCUGCUUACCGAGAAGAAGUCCAGAAAAUGAUAGAAGUUGGAAAGACUCAGGUCAACCGGUUUACUUACAAAUUUAAAUAUAAUUCUGGUUUGGACUAUUAUCCGUUCCAAAAGUAAUGUAAUGUUCAUAGAAUAUAACUUAACCAUAAAUAGUUGUUAUUGUAGAUAAGUAGGCAAGUAAUAAACAUGAUUUAUAGUU